AUGACAGCGGUGCUCAAGAAAGAGCUGCGGUGCCGCAUCGCAUCUCGCCUAAAGCAGAUGUCCAACGCUAAUGUCGCGGCGCAGAGCUGCUUGUUGGCUGAAAAAGUAUGCGCGCUGCCAGAGUUUGUGCGCGCUCGUGGAAUCAGCGUGUAUCUGGAGAUGCCCGGAGAAGCGGCCACGUCAAAGCUGCUAGAAGCCGCGUUUACCGCGAAUAAGAAGGUGUUUGUACCAAAGAUAUUGGGCCCGUCGGCAGAUGAUCUCAUGAUGGUGCAGGCAAACUCCAUGGAGGACAUCCGCAGCUUUCCAAAGGAUAAGUGGCAAAUUCCAGAUCCACCUUUACUUACGGACAGCGACGUACCACGCGAUGAUGCCCUGCACGGCAACGAUGUGGAUCUCGUUCUGUUGCCUGGUGUAGCUUUCGAUCGUAGAGGAGGACGCCUUGGCCAUGGAAAGGGAUACUAUGAUUCGUUCCUGCGCCGACUGACGGCGCAUUUUGACACGAUUGGGCAUCGUCCGCCUACAACUGUUGGUCUGUGUCUGAUACCGCAGCUCGUCAAGCAAGUGCCGUUAGCAUCGCAUGACCGCAUGAUCAAUCUUGUUGUCACACCCGAAGAGGUCAUCCGUGUCGGUUCUGAUUGCCAAUAG